UAUUUUAAAAGAAACAUAGUUCCUUGUUAUAAAAUAAUAUAUUUUUAAUUUUCCAUUGUUUAGAAUAGUAGGAAGACUAGGCCGGUUCUAACUCAGGGGCAAUGAGGGGGGGUGAGGGGCGAGGGGAGAAUGUAGGCGCGGGGGUAUUGGUCAAUGAAUAAGAAUUCUUUCGUUUUGUACAUUGAUUCGAAUCUCUUACAUGAUUUGUCAUAUGUGGAUAUGGAAAUAACAAUCCAUUACCUUUGCUGUCACUUUUAACUAAAAUUAUACUCAAUGGAUGGAUUCCCAUAUUUUUCAAUUCACAGUAAAGCUGAAAAAAAAACAACUAUUAGGAAGCAAUAUAAUUAUUGUUACAAAAGCAUUAAUAAAUGUAAAUAUACCUUAUGGUAAUUAUUUUAUCAUCGUCAUAGUUAAAAUAUGAUUCUAUUGUGAAAACUAUUGUCUUCUCUUAAGAAAUUUUCGACAGGACUGCGUUGCGGGGAUGAUUUUCUUUUGUUUCAUCGCGACUUUAAUUUCAUGUAUCUAAUUGGGCACCUCUCGACGAGCGUUGCGGAAGAAUCAAGACAUCAAGGUUAUCAAGGGACGCUAGCGACCACGAAGGAAAACGGAAGCUGUCGUCCAGGGCCGACGCGUUCGAGAACACUGACAAAGAAGAAGCGAGAGCUUUACAAGGCGAACAAGCGCUCCGUAUACGAGGCUCGCGAACGGGAAAAAAUUGUACGGGCAGGUUGGAGCGGACGAACGGCUAGGACAAGGGCCAUUGAAUGUCGGCUGGCCUGCUGGAUAAACGGACGAAAAUCGACGAGAUCGAAAACUAGAAUAAUUCGCUCCGUGAAUGUAGUGCGGGAAUCUACCAAGAUAUCGGCCACUGGCGGGGACCGCGCGAUACCCGCGGAGAUCCGUCAUAAUACGGGCGUGACGUCGCGUCAGGAUAACGGCGGACGUCAAUUGGCCGCGCACAUACGCGGCAGAAUACGCGCACGCCCGUGGGUACUGUGGGUAGGGCAGGGUAGGGCGCGCCCAUCGAUCCCGCAAUUUCCGCAUCGAGCGCGAUCCUUACCACAGUCCUUCGAGUUUUCGUUGUUGUGUAUGAGUGUUGUGUGGCAAACGAGUGCCCGGACGAUCUCUCUCCCGACAAUCUUCCACAGGACGAGGAGCAGCGAGGCGGUGUCGGCGAGGUGAUCCUCUCUCGACCACUUUUGUCAUAAGGACGUUAGUUAUCCUAAUAUUGAAAAGAAGCCACCAAGGACAAGGUCUGAAUCGAAGAGCGCAGUUACUGGGAC